GUUCGGCGUCACACCGGAAACUGAUUCUGAUUAUUCUGGAGAAAGAAAACAAAGGUGCUAACAGGGUUAGCAUCAUUUUAGCAGCCCGUUGGUGUGAGGAUCUAGUCCAGAAAUCUGCGCAGCAACAAUGAGUUCAGUUCAGCCUCUGAGAGAGUUUAUCAGGCAGAGACUAACUGCUGCUGCUGAAGAAAUCUUCUCAGAGGUGGAAAAAACCAUCAUCCAGUACCAGGAGGAGAUCGACCGUCAGAGACUGCUGGACAUCAGCUGGAGACCCCGGAUCAGCUCACAGAGAGCAGAUGUCCCACAGCUUUAUGUCUCUACUGGGACCAUCCUGACUGACCAGCAGCCCUGUAACCCAGUGGAACCAGAAUCUAAGAGGUCAAAGGUGGAGCUGGAUGAAACAGAGGCUUUGGGAAUCAAGGAAGAACAGGAGGAACCAGAACCUCUUCAACUGAAGGAAGAAAGCAGCGAACUGGGCUUCAAUCAGGACGAAGCUCAGCCGAAUCCUGUUAAUGAGGAAAUGGGCCACAAUCAACUAGAACCAAACAAGGAGCGGCUCCUCUUCCAGAACUCUGCUGAAGACCUCCCAAAGCAAUAUAUCUGUAAGGAGGAGGAGGUCCAGGCUGAUCCACAGCUCUGUAACCAGAAGGGGACCUGGUGCUUGAAGCAGGAAGAAAUAGAACCUGUGCAGAUCACAGAAAAAUGCACUGAACUUUGCAUCAGUCAGGACAAAGAGCAGCUGGUGCUAAAAGGGGAGACAUAUGGAUUUAAGAUGAGCCCAUUUUCUGAAACUGAACCGAACACAGACCUCAAGCAGGAGACUGAUAAUUUUAUGAUGAGUCCUGUUUCUCAUGAUGAAGACCAAAGAGAACCAGACCCAAACAUGGACCAGGAACUUGCUAUCACUAAGCACCAUAUUCAGAAGGACAAGACUGUCAGUGACUCGGUAUCAAGCACAAAUAAAGCGUUAGAGAAAAGCAAGAGUGGAAUAACAAAUCUAACUGAGGUCAAAAGAAUUGACAAAGAUAAUAAUCUGUUAUGUUGUAAAAUAUGUGGGAAAACAUUCACUCAGAGGUAUUUGAUUGUGCACAUGAGAACACAAACAGGUGAGAAACCUUUUAAGUGUUCUACUUGUGGAAAAAGGUUCAUUCAACAAAGUCAUCUGAUAAAACAUUUUAGAAUUCACAGCGGCGAGAAACCUUAUGCAUUUAACACCUGUGGUAAAAGUUUUAGCAUAAGCUGUGCUUUAAUUAGCCAUAUGAGAAGUCACACAGGCGAGAAGCCUUUCUCAUGUCAGAUCUGUGGACAGAGUUUUUCUUACAGAACAAGUCUUAAAGUUCACUUAAGAAAACACACAGGAGAGAAACCGUUUGUGUGUCAGAUGUGUAGAAAGAGUUUUGUUAAGAAAGGUACCCUGCUAGAACACAUACGAACGCACACAGGGGAAAAGCCUUACUCCUGUCAGAUAUGUGGGAAAAGCUGCAGUUUAAAAGGAAAUUUGAAGCUUCAUAUGAGGAUUCACACAGGUGAAAAACCUUUUUCAUGUGUGACCUGCGAAAAAAGCUUUGCAGUAAAAAGUCAAUUAACUCGUCAUAUGAGAAUUCACACAGGCGAGAAACCUUUUUCAUGUGUGACCUGUGGAAAAAGCUUUGCAGUGAAAAGCCAAUUAACUCGUCACGUGAAAAUUCACACAGGUGAGAAACCUUUUUCAUGUCAGACUUGUGGUAAGGGUUUUACUAAAAACCUGUAUUUAAUUUCCCACAUGAGAAGUCACACUGGUGAGAAACCUUUUUCAUGUCAGGCGUGUGGGAAGGGUUUUACCAAGAAUCUUUAUUUAAUUACCCACAUGAAAAUUCAUACAGGUGAGACAAGUUAACAGUUUUACUUUCUCAUUGAUCGCAUUACUUGAGAACCUAGUCCUUUUCAGCAACUUUCAAAAGUCAAGCACAAAGCUCAAACCAAGAAUCUUUAUAGUAGAUUGAACGACAAAC